AUGACGCCACGGCAGGCCGCACCCCAAGGCAACGUCGUGGCCACCCACCAUGAAAAUCUCCUUCACUCGGAGUACGGCAAGAGCUCCAAGGAGCUCAUUGAGUUCAUAGGCCAACUCAGGGCUUUAGGCGCCCAUAUCGACCUUGAACUCCCCCGUAUCGUCGUCAUUGGGAAUCAGAGUGCCGGAAAGUCCAGCCUUGUAGAGGCCAUCUCAGGCAUCAGCGUUCCCCGCGAUGCAGGAACAUGCACCCGUUGUCCCAUGGAAUGUCGGCUGGCACACUCCACCGGCGAGUGGUCCUGCCAAAUCAAGAUCCGCUACGAAUACGACCGAAAGGGAGAGCGGCUCGACGAAGUCAACGAGGUCGACUUCGGGUCUCGUAUCACCGACAAGGCCGAGGUCGAGCACAUGCUCCGCCGUGCACAGGAGGCCGUAUUGCACCCCGACGUCAAGUUUGAGGUCUUCCUCGAGGAUGGCUGGCAAGAGAAGGUCAAGGGGAAGCAACCGCUCAGGUUCUCGCAGAACAUCGUCUGCAUCGAGCUCACGGGCCCAGAUCUCACGGACCUGUCGUUUGUCGACUUGCCUGGAAUCGUACAAAACGCCGAGUCCGAGGUCGUGAACCUCGUCGAAGAUAUGGUGAACAAUUACAUCAAAGGCACUAGUCUCAUCCUAGUCACUCUUCCCAUGAGCGACGACAUCGAGAACCAGAAGGCCGCACGGCUCGCCCACCUCGCAGACCCCAAGGGUCACCGGACUAUCGGCGUCCUCACCAAGCCCGAUACGAUCACCACAGGCUCUACGAAAGCCCGGGAGAUGUGGCUGCAGGUCAUCGAGGGCCACAAGCACGCGCUCCUGCACGGGUACUACUGCACGCGCCAGCCCGACGACGACGAGCGCGCACGCAAGAUCUCGAACGCGGCCGCACGCGACGCAGAGGCCGCCUUUUUCAAGAGCACGCACCCGUGGUCCGCGUCGCAGCACCAGCACCGCUUCGGGACGCAGAACCUCGUGCAGAGCAUCAGCAAGCUCCUCACGCAGAUCAUCCGCGAGUCGCUCCCGUCCCAGCUCGGCAAGGUCGCGGAGCAGCUCGCGGCGUGCACCGCGCAGCUCGACACGCUCCCGCCCGCGAUCGCGACGGAGCCGUCCGCGUUCGUGCUCGCGCGCGUCACGCGCUUUGCCACGGAGCUCGGCGCGCGCAUCCAGGGCGCGCCCGCGCACGGCCGCACGGAGCUCGUGCAGCGCACGCGCCGCGCGUACGCUGCGUUCAAGGACGCGGUGCGUGCGUCUGCACCGCCGUUCGUGCCUUACGAGGAUGCAGCGCGCGCGCCGCGGGAUGUGUCCGCGUAUACGUGGGCGUCGUGUGCGGAGAAGGGCACGCGGAAGCGUGCGGCGCCGGAGAGCGCGGGCGAGGGGAUCAUGUAUCUGGAGGACGUGCGGCGGCACAUUAGGACCUCUGUGACCCGCGAGCUUCCAGGAAACGUGCCAUAUGCGGCGAAGGUCUCGCUUAUACAGACGUUUCAGCAGGACUGGGAGGAAAUCGCGAAGGAGUGCUUCGAGGAGGUGCAAGAGAUCUUCAAGGACACCGUUGCGGAUGUCAUACACGACGAGUUUGACCGCUACAGCAACCUCAAGGCCAUCAUCGGGCCAGUCACUAUGGAACUCAUCAACAGCUGCGCGGAGACGACCGUGGCGCAGAUCCGCACGGUCCUCGCGCGCGAGCACGCGCCGUUCACGCAGAAUGGGCACUACCUGUCCGAGUGCCGCGACAAGUGGCUCGCGAAGUACAAAGACGCGCGGGCUGGCAAGGGCGUCCCCGAGCGCGUCACGCCCGCCCUGCUUGCCGCUACCGCUGCGCCGGUCUUCACUUUUGGCCCGGGCACUCAGGACAAUGCGCCAGCUGCGAAGAAGGCGCGCAGGCACAAGGACAGGCGGGCAUCGGGUCCGCGCCCCACACAGGGCAACAGGUUGAGGCCUGCCUCAGCCUCGACGCCCUCAGGGGCUCAUGCAAACGGGCAGGCUGCGGUACCCCGUCAAAACGGCGAGAUGUAUUCGUCGGAUGCACACUCGUCGGAUGAGGAGGAUGUCAACAUGCCAAGGAUUCCCCACGCUGAGGCUCGGACGGCUACCCCUGCUCCCGCGGCGAAGCCUGCUUCGGGUAUCCCAGCACAGGCCAUCGCUAACAGGCUUGCGACACCCGCGCCCACGCCCGCAUCUCCCUCAAGCGCUGGACCUGUGGUGACGUUUGCGCCGACGCUGCAGGUCGCCACACUGUCCCCAGAGGAACAGGCGAAGAAGGCAGAGCUUACGGCCGAAGCACUCGCCGCGCUUGCUGCGCUUGGCUACACCGGGCUGACGGAGGAAGACCUGGGGAAGCUGAACAAGGCGGACGAGUACGAGGAGGAGCUGCAGCUCAUGGCCGAGGUCCGCGCGUACUUCCAGGUCGCAUACAAACGCGUGAUCGACAACGUCCCGAUGUCGAUCGACUACUAUUUCUUGUACGCGUUCGCGGAGCAGCUGCACGAACGGCUGUUUGAGCGGCUUGGACUCGGCACGGCUAACGCGGCGGCGCGCUGCAGCGCGUACGUCGCGGAGGAUCCGAGCGUGGUUGCUGCCCGCGACGAGCUCAUGGCGAAGAAGAAGCGGCUGGAGAACGUGCAGCGGGCGCUGUACAACUUCGGCUUGUGAGCACAUCCGGUCGGUGGUGCGGUAUGCACGUUACGCUCGGAUGGGGGUUGUACGGUUGGCUUGCACAGAUUGCGCUCUGUUCCAGUAGCACUCCUACCUGUGAAGAGAGGCGUUGAGAUCAUCUCUCUUUGUAUCCAUGUUGCUUGGAUUACUUGUUUGCUUCGAUAAGCACUACUUAAUGUACAGUCAUCUAUAGAGCAGCCAUUAAUGGGCCAUAUACAUAAAUAAUCG